AUGAAAGUCGGGCAGUGGUUGGGCUUUGUUACUGACACAAUUGAGAUGCAAUUUGGAGUUCCUCCUAUGAAAAUCUCCCUGCUUAAGAGCGAUCUAGAUUUUAUUAUUUCGUCGCGAACCGUUACUUUUAGAGAUCUCGCUCGGGUAUCCGGUUUCAUCAACUCGUUAUUUGUAGCAGUCGAUCUCAUCGCUAGUCUGUUUACCAGGCAGAUUCAUUCUACCAUCCAAGCUGGCUGGGACUGUACAUUUCCUAUUUCUGUUCCUCUAUUGAAGGGGUUGCGUUUCUGGUUUCUUAAUAUUGAGGCCUUUGACGGUUAUGGCAUUCAGCCCAAG